AUGACACCGCUGGAAUUUUGUGGCGCAUUGUUCUUGAUAAUGAUCGGAAUUCUUGGGUUACUCCUCUCCGUCGUAUUGUAUUCACUGCCAAAGAGGAUUAGUACUAAGAUCAGUGGAUCACAUGUUCUAAUCACUGGUAAGGGGCUGUUUUUUUAAAAUUUUUUUAUGUAUUUAGGUGGAUCAAAAGGAAUUGGAAAGUCGAUCGCUGUGGAAUUUAUCAAACAAGGCGCUAGUAAUGUCACGAUAUGCGCGCGGAGUCGACCUGAUCUUGAGAAAGCUCAAUCAGACCUUCAAAGUUAUUGUAAAGAAGUGCAGAAGGUGAAUAUUUAUGAAUUGGAUAUCACUGGAGGAUUCGAGAAAAUCUUAGAGACUGUAAGGCAAAUUGAAUCAGAAGUGGGAUUUGUUGAUGUAUUAGUAAACAAUGCCGGAUUUGUAAUUCAAGGGGAAUUCGGCAGUCUUCCAGCUGAAAGUGUAUUGAAACAGAUGGAGAUCAAUUAUAUUGGAGCUGUAAGUCACGAAAAUCAUUUAUUAGAUAUUCUUUUCAGGCUCAUUUAGCACGAGCUGUUCUUCCAUCGAUGAAGGAGAGGGGCCAUGGCCAUAUCAAUUUUGUAUCAUCCGCUGCAGGACAAUGUGCAAUUUGGGGUUAUGGGGCAUAUUCACCAUCCAAGUUCGCAGUUAGAGCUCUUGCUGAUGUCUUAGCAGCAGAAUGCCGACCCUACAAUGUGAGUUUGGUCUUUUAAUUGGGCGAUGUCCUUUUUUUAAUUAAAGAUAGGUUAUCCGUCUACCUAAUUAUUUAUAAUUUUUCAGAUAGGAGUAUCAGUGUUAUAUCCCCCAAACACUGAGACCGAAGGAUUCCAAGUGGAGAAACGAGAGAUGCCCGAGCAGAUCAAGCAAAUCUCAGGGUCCGCUGGUCUCUUUUCUUCACAAGAGGUAGCCAAUAAAUGUGUGACUACUAUUAAAAAUGGUGCUUUCAAUGCUUCAGUUGGUAGGAUUAAUACAAUUUAUUUUCUCGGCCUUUUAAUAACCUUACUUAUUGCCCAAAUUUAGGCUUUGAAGGAUGGUUAUUAUGCACUCUUGCCGCUGGGGCGUCCCCGGAAUGUUCUCCUUUACAAGCAAUUGCUCAGACUUUAUUUGCGGGAAUCUUCAGAGGAAUCAUGUUGAUUUAUCAGGGAUCUUUCAAUGAUAUCAUACAGAAACUCCACAAGAAAACUAACAAGGAUUAG